ACACUCACGGACUCACACUAGUUGCUGCUACGACUUUGUCGAGGGAGAUUGUGCGUAGAAAAGUUCGCAGAGUGUCGGGAAAUUUAGUUUAUUUUUUGUGUUGGUUUGUGAUUGUUUCUAUUGUUAGUGAAUGGUAUUUUCUGGAGCUUUUCAAUACAAAAGUAAGCAGUAUGCAAAUUCUAAAUACACUAGAACAUUACCUUAAAGGUAACCAUGGAGUGAACAAAUGAAGAAAAGAUGGAAAAUAGUGCGACUUGUACAGCAACUGAUCUGAACCAUUUAGAAUAACAUUCGAACUGAAAGAAGCACAAUGAAUAUUAACCGUAAUUUAAUUUCCCUAAAAUGUAUAUUAUUCCUAGUUUUUGGGGCUAUAGGAAGCCUGUUUCCUUUUCUACCUCUCCAUAUGAACUCACUCGGACUUUCGAAGGACGAAUCGAUAGUAGUUUCGAUAGUAGCACCGAUAAUAGCUUUAAUAGGACCGUUAGUGGCAGCUCCGUUAGCAGAUAGAUUAGCAGGUACUUCGAGUAAUACCUCAAAAGGCAGAAAUGGAGCCUAUCUUAGGGUUAUGAUUGCAGUAUCAUUGGCGUUUGCGACGAUACUUUACUGGUUGCUACUAGUCAUCCCACCAAUCAAAAAGAACGCGAAUGUUACCUUUAUAUGUAAUGAAGAAGGAGGCUAUGUUUUACAGGAUAGAUGUGGAACGAACUGUUAUGAUUGGAAUACUGAUAAAGGAUCAUUAUUAGUAAAAAACUGUAUAUACACAUGCAAUGAGACUUCAGCUUACCAAGUGCACGAAUCAACGCUUCCUUCAUUCCUAAAAGAAAGCCAUGAAGCAACAGGAAGUGAUAGCGAUAGUUACUACGAUGGGGACAGUGGGUCAGAUGUAAUACCCGAUUUAGAAGUUGAAGUGACCACUACCCCUGCUCCUGCUGUCGAAACUGCCACCGGAAUAUACUUCGAGCCUCAUCCCCAUAUGUGCUACAGGAAUGAUACCGGCUACGACCUUUGCGAAGUAUACACCGACUACUCCAAGCCGAUUAACUUCCACAUCGGAUUAAAGUCAUCAGUGCCGUUUUCCAGCCCGGAAAACAGGACCUGCAAGUUUCCAACAUUUGAAUCCUUCCAGUGUAGAAUUCGUCCAGAUGUCCAAAAGAACUUAACUAACUAUGUAAAAGACUGCAAACCAAUUGUUAUUUGCGAAAUUCACAACCCCUACAACAACGAGAACAGUUUAUUAGAAAGAUCUCAAUGUGGAAACAGUAGCUUUUGGUUGUACAUCUUCGUUAGAUCUAUCGCUGACUUAUUCCUAGCGGCGACUGUAGUUCUGAUUACCACUGCUGUUGUAAUUGCUACAAGAGAGACAUCUACAGGCAGAGGAGAUGUUGGCAAGCAAUUCGCAGCGGGAGCCUUGGGAUUCGCUAUUUUUGCUCCUAUUAUAGGCGGAUGUGCAAAUGGUGGAUAUUUGGAAUCUAUCAUUUGCUUUACGGUUUUAGCUGCGCUUGCUGUUUUGCUGCUUCUAGCUGAUAAUUCCAUUCCACUUAGUCCUCCAGAAUGGUGGUGGCACACAAGAUGCGGCCUAUUAGCGCUUCCAAUGUCUUCUGUGAGAAAAUAUGGUUGGGAAGUUGCUUCGCUUGGUCUGGUGUUAUUCCUUCUGGGUGUAUUUUGGAGUGCUAUCGAUUCAUUUUUGCCCUGGCAUAUAGUCAAUGAAGAGAAUGGGGAACCGUUAGUUAUAGGAAUGACGGUCACCGUGGGAGCUAUUCCAGCCGUGAUAUUCUUGAUAUUUGCUGAAAUAUUUGUAGAUUACUGCGGCCAUAAUAACAUUCUUAUCUUCUGUUUUGUUAAUUAUAUCUGCCAUCAUUUAGGUCUCAUGUUCUUCGAUAACGCCUGGUAUAUCCUCAUUUGUGAAUGGUUGGAAGUGUUCACAUUACAUAUUAUGUACAUAACUACCGUACUCUACUUAAGACAUCUGGUUCCAAGGAAAUUCACUGCUUGCGGACAAGCACUGCCAAUCAUUGCUCACUUUUGUUUAGGUCGUUGUAUUGGAGUUGUAUUGGGAGGACUGGCCUUUUCUGACUUCAACUCAGAAUAUGUGUUCCAGAACGUUCACAAAUACUUCUGCGUUGCCGCUGUAGUAGUGGCGAUAAUUUAUUUCUGUUUGUACCAUUUCUACCUGAAAGCCUACUGCAUUCCCCCCGUACAUUUGCCCCCGGCCCCUGCCCCAGCUCUUAUACAAAGUAUGAAUGGCAACGGAGCUUACACACCCCUCAGAGUUUACCACAACAGCAAAUCAAAGAAAGGCCACUUUAGAUAUUAAUUAAUUCUAAACAUGUACUAACCAAAAUCAGCUUUACAUAUUUUUGUAAGAAUAUUUUUGAAUCUCAAUUCUAAGCUUUUUGUACCUCGUACAAACUUAUUUUUACGGCAACUGUUGUCAUAAUCUAAGUGACAGAUAGUAAUUGACUUAUGUAAUUCUUACGAGAGUUGGUAAAUGUUCAAUAUAUUUUGAGGGUAGCUUUAAGUAUCUUGUUAUUUAUUUUAGAAGGAAACAUAUAUUUUUGUGCCACUAUGUAAUCUACGAAUUCUGAUUUAUAUAGUUUGUCUAGUUUAUUUCUGUUUACAUCUAAAAGAACUGGCAAAAAUGUUAAAAUAUGUUAUAACAAAAAUCUCAAAUUUCUAACUGUAUUCUUUUCAUAACGAUACAAAUAUUUAUGGUAUCUAUAACAUCCUGUAAAAAGGGUUAAUUAUAUGGUAGCUUAGUAGUAUGUAUUUUGUAAUUUAUAGAUAAUUUGGUUUAAUUUUGGAAUAUAUAAAUUUGCUAUAUAUUAAUACUCAUUUUGAGUUACCUAUUAUCAAAUGUGAAUUUUAUCUACAAAAAAUUCUGCUAAAUUUAGUAGUUUGUAAUGAAUCACUGAACAUUUACCAAUCCUUUUAUUAUGUGAUACUGCCAUUACCUUGUAAAAAGAAUAAAAUUAUUUUAAAUAUUGUAUCAAAUGAGAGUUUAUCAAAAGCUUUUUUACUUUAAACCUAACAUUUUUUAAUUAUAGUCAGCUUUCUAUUUCUGUUGUAAAUUGUUUUAUAUAAAGUUUUGUAUUUAUUUGUUUUUUUACAAUAAAUCUAUGACAAAUUUUACACUACA